UUUGCAGAUACUAAAAUGGACCGUAAAGACAAGUUGUUUGUAAUUAAUGAGGUGUGUGAAAUAAAAAACUGCAAUAAAUGCAUCUUUUUUGAAGCGAAAAAGAAACAGGAUCUGUACAUGUGGCUUUCAAAUGCGCCCCAGGGACCGUCAGCCAAGUUCUUAGUGCAAAACAUUCACACACUGGCUGAGUUGAAGAUGACUGGAAACUGCUUAAGGGGCUCACGGCCCCUUUUGUCUUUUGAUCCAACGUUUGACAAGGAGCCACACUACGCCUUGUUAAAAGAGUUGUUUAUUCAGAUAUUUAGUACACCGCAGUAUCACCCCAAGAGCCAACCCUUUGUAGACCAUGUAUUCACGUUCACCGUUACAGACAAGAGGAUCUGGUUUCGGAAUUAUCAGAUCAUAGAAGAGGAUGCCUCUCUAGUGGAAAUUGGGCCUCGUUUUGUUUUGAAUCUCAUCAAAAUCUUCCAGGGUAGCUUUGGAGGACCAACUCUGUAUGAAAAUCCCUAUUACCAGUCCCCAAAUACGCAUCGACGGCUCAUAAGAUUAUCGGUGGCUGCUAAAUUUAGAGAGAAACAGCAAGUGAAGGAAGCACAAAAGAUAAAGAAAAAUGAGAGUAGGAUGCUUGUUAAAGAUGACUUCACUGAAACUGUCUUUGAGACUCCAGCUGAAGAAAAGCCAGUGGAAGUACAGCUUGUGAAACCAGAACCAAAGGCAACUGUAAAAGAUAAGAGGAAGCCACGCAAAACUCAAAGGAAGAAGCAAAAAAAGCUUUUCAGAAUUGGAGCAUAAAUGUAACAAAUGCCAAAAUUAG